GAAUCCGAUUUGGUGACCACAGCCGCGGUGGCUUCAUAGACUCCUUGUUAACCUCGGAAGGGCGAGCAUGAGAGCAUUGGAGAUCGGCUUUGGUCAGCGUUCGUUGGAUCGGAUCUCGACCUUCCCCUCUCGCUCUUGAAAUGGAUACUUGUCCAUCCAUCAAGAAUGUUAAGUACUAUACAGAUGAUUGGCCAACUCUUGCUGCUAAAUCGGCUUAUGAGAAAUCUGUAUUUACCAGGACACUAAAAAUUAAUGCUUGCACUGAAGUGUUUCCUUCCAUGUAUACCGCUUGUAGGAUCAUACUUGAAACGGAAGCGAGUAUUAUUGCUGCAAAUAGUCUUGAUGGAGCCACAUCCUUGUCUGAGCAGGUGAUCGUUAUACCAGUUAUACCAUGACUUAUUUUAUUCUGGAGUAGGAUAGAUAUCGACAUGCUUUAACGUUCUACCUAUUUCUCUUUGGUUCCAAAGUUCAAAAUUUUAUUUGUUUUGUAAUUCUUUUGUUUUUUCUCUUUUCUAUCCGUGAUUCUGUUUUUUCAGUUUGCUUAUGGACUCGAUGCAUGUUUAUUUUUUCAUAUUUCAUAGAACCAUAAGCAUAAAAUCAAAUUAAAUUACUUCUCCUGCAGUUAUAGUUCUCUUACAAGUCCAACUAAUUCUAUCAUAUUGGCGAAACCUUAUUGCACAGGACAUCAUCUUCCUUGUUCUUCUUCCCAGAAUGGUGAAAGCAUACUGGCCGAACAUGCAAUCGGCUCGGGAGAGAGAACGCGCGCGUGGCGAUGGAUGUGAGUCCGUGGUCGUUUGGAGACGCUUUGGCUACGGGCGACUGCUUGGCUGCUGCCUGGGAUUAUCACGAGAUCUUUCUCCAGCAGACGAUCGAGGACUUGAAGCACAAGCUCACCUGCACCAACAUGGAAUUGGAGGCGCUGCGGACCAACGCCCACGACGAGCUGCAGAAAGCCAAGGAAAGCAACCAGCAAUUGAUCGAACUCCUCGAGCUACGAACCUCCGAGAGAGACGAAGCGAGAAACCAGCUGCAGCUCCUGCUGAACCAGAUCGGACAACCGAGCCUCGCCGGUCUCCCUCGAGUGCUUCCCCAUCCUCCAACCGAUGCUUCUCCAUUACUGCAAGCGAUCGGCAGCUCCAACAUCUCCGACAGCCUAUCCGAGACAGCCCACCCUUCCCAGCGGUACGUUUCGUCUCCGGUCGAGUCGUUCGUCGACGCCACCGCCGUCACUUCUCCGGAGCUCUCGACCGGGAACAUGGGCGAUUCCUCGAGGGGGGCGUCGUCUUCCAGCAUGGGCAAGUAUGAACAAGCCUCUGCUGUAACUGAUAGCCUCGCCAUGAAGGGGAAUCGACCGGAAAGAGGCAGGUUUGUGCAAGCUGUGCUGCAAGCAGGGCCGUUGCUGCAGACUCUUAUGGUGGCGGGGAAGCUGCCGCAGUGGCGCAAUCCUCCCCCACCCCUGCGGCAUCUACAAGUUCCUUCGGUGGCCAUGAUCCCAACAGACCAUGCCGGUCAUAGAGCUUCUCAGAUUUGCUGUGCUGUUCCUGUGUGGAAUUUUUCAUGAUGCAGCUUGAUUCAUCUCUCUCUCUCUCUCUCUCUCUCUUCUGAUGGAACAAUUCAGAAAAAGUUCUCCGAGAGUGCUUUGUUUGA